CAUCCCAAGAUCUAUCCCCUCUUGUUCCCAUUUCCCAGUAUGUCCCGGUACGACAACAAUCCCCAUUUCCAUGACUCGAAUGACUAUGAAACACCAAACACGCCUCGUAGGCCGGGGCUUGCCAAUAUUCAGACAAGGUCCCGACCACUCCCAUCCCAUCAACAGCCCAACAGACCAGGGUACGAGAUGCCGCCGCCAAUAUCACAUAAAUCCCCGGUUCCACCGUCACCACAACCUUUUCUUCCUCCUAAUCAUCAUCAAUCAUCGGUCCCGGAAAAUGCCUCCGAUUUUCCUUAUCAAGAUGGGUCAGACAGAAGACUCCCUCUACCACCUUCUGGCCGCGGUGGUUUUCGUGCUGGGACCCAGCCAGCUUAUCCUGACCACCGACGAGAACGCUAUCAGCCUUCACAAACACGGCCUCCAACAGGUUGGAGCAAAAGUAAAACCGCCACACCAUGUGCAUGGCUUGCAUGUUGCUCACUUGUUGUAUUAGGCCUGGUACUCCUCGUAGUGUUACUUGUUGUCAAUCAGCCCCGAAGCUUGAAGUUUGAUGUAUCAAGCGUCAAUCUAAACACAGUCUCUCUCGACACGGGAAACCUCCUCAGUGUUGACCUCACUCUACUAGGGAACUUUAGUAACCCAAACAAGAGAGGGAGUGUGGAGUUGAAGGACUCAAUGGUGAAUCUGUACUAUGAUGGAACACAGAUAGCAUCCUCUAACAUGCUUUCUUUCCCUCUCACGCAUGGUGAGUACAAGUUCCAAGAUGUUCACCUCGCAGCGGGCCAAGUCGGGCUCCCGUCGAACGCUAGCAGCCUCAUAAGCAAGCAGAUGGAAAGUGGGAGUGUGUGGUUUCAGGUGAAGGGCACUUUCAGAACCAGAUCUACUGGCCUUAUUAAGUACUCAUAUUGGCUCCAUGCCUAUUGCACCAUUGUCCUUACUUACCCUCCUCCUGGUGCCUUGGUUGCCAGAAGUUGCACAACCAAGCGUUAAAACAUGCUCAUGAGUCAUGACAAACACAUUUUAAUUUUUCUUUUUCAAAAUUACGUUUUUAAAAUAGUUCUAGGACUUGAACCAAGUGUAGUCUCAUUUUCUGCUUCAUUUUUUUAUUCCAUGCUUAUGUGUUUUUCACUCUUUGAACAAUACAAGUUUCCCCACAACAUUUUAUCACUCCCUUUGUCCCAAAAAAAAACAUGACAGUUUAUGAGAGCGCGUAUUCCAAAAGCGUUAGGAGGCACCUACACAAUAGAUUAGGGUCUAGCGCCUAUGCAUGUUUAGUCGGGAUCAAUCAGGGUUAAGUGGGACAACCCCAAAAUAAAAUAGUAGACAGAUGAGUGAAGACCUUUGAAAUAGUAGAUGCAACUAGGUGAAUGAUGUCUGAAUAGUAGCAUUUACAGAUUUUAUACUCCGUAAAUGCUAAUCCUAUUUCCCACUUCUUGAAUGGUUUUCUAUUUCACCCUCAGUUGGUCUCUAUUGUUAAAUUUUACAUCGGUACAUCCAUUAAUUGUCAUCUUCCUUUCCUUGGACUUAUUAUUGUGUAAAUGAGACUUA